UACAUGUUUGUAGCAAUUAACAUUUUUGUCGAAUUAUUAAUAUUUAUUUAUUAGGCUAACGUUAGCUUGCUUCUAUUUAGAGUCUGUAUUGUAGUGGAACUGUAGGGACGCCUCUCGUCCAACACGGAAGGAAUAAACCGCGUACCAACGUGUUUCCCACUACCUACUGGGUGACCCCCGAUGAUAAAUAACAAAGUAUGAGGUUUUCAACCUGAAACAGAGAUGCUCCCUGUUAUAUUUAGAAGAAGCACCUUUGCAGCCCAGAAGGUGUGGCAUUGGGCAGGUCCUCCACAAAGAUGCUGGACAUCAGCCCUGACCGGAGCUUCUGAUGGUGGAUCCAGCUCCCUGCAGACCUGCUGGGCAUCAACAGCAAGGCUGCCGAAUACAGAACGGGACGAUGGACAAGUAAAACCUCCUGCUGUCCUUGGUUUCAGAAGGAUUGAACUCUUCCAGCGGACCCAGACUCAUGCUGCUCCAUUUGUAGUGAGGAACCAACAUUUCCACUCUUCUGCUGUGAGGCUGAAGAAGCGACCACAGCUUGAACCUCCUCCCAGAGAGCUGGAUCUGCUGCGCUAUGACAUGAAGGACUUGUGGAAAAGUCCCAAACCUGCCCUGUACCUGGGGUUUGCAGGACUGAUCCCCUUUGUCACCCCCACUCUGCUCAUGGCUGUGACUGAGAGCUACUUUCCAGAGUUGGCCUAUGCUCAGUUAGCUUACGGUGCCUCCAUUGUUUCCUUCCUGGGUGGAGCUCGCUGGGGAUUCACUCUUCCUGAGAGCAGCCCAGCCAAACCUGACUGGAUAAACCUGUCCAACAGUGUGGUUCCCUCGCUGUUAGCCUGGGUGGCCAUGGUGAUGAGCGACAGCAUUGUUCCUGCUGCCACCAUGGUUAUCAUGGGACUCGGAAUCUCCUUGCAUUAUGAUCUUUCUCUGCUGCCCACUUACCCCAGCUGGUUCAAAGCGCUGCGCUCCAUCCUGACCAUUGUGGCGUUUUUUUCUCUUGUUGGUACACUCAUAAUGAAUGGAAUAUACUCAGAAAAGAAGCUAUUUUCAGAUUAAAUAGUAUACAAAUAAAUGAAACUAUAAAACCACUAUGGUUUUAUUUACCUCUUUCCAUAGGACAUACAGUAUAUUUCCUCUUAACAUUUGUUUUCUUCCUUAUCAGGCCCUUAUUUUAAAACCUCUGUGUAGAAGUGUUUUAUGUGAUUGUACCAUCCAAUUAUUCUGUCAAAGAAAAGAGUUUUUGACUUCUUUGACACGACCACUAGGAGUCGCCAAGGUCAGAAAUAUUCAAAUACCAAACAUAAAAAGAACAAAAUAGUCUGAAAAUAUGUGGAACGAGUUCUGGCUCAAUGAAUAUCAAAUAAAUGUACUUUUGUCAUUCAACAUACUGUUUUUUUUUUGUUUUUUUUACUUGAGCUGAUCUUUUUCUAUUUAUAACAUUUUAGAGUCUAUAGAGUCACAAGUUACCAGAACCAAAAACAAUGCUUUAAAUUUGUCCUUUUUGUCUGACCAACAGUCAAGAAACCCAGAGGUCUUCAAUGUGUGAUAUGAAAGAGUAAAAAGAAACACAUUUGAGAAGCUGUAACCUAGAAAUGUUCAGUAUUUUUUGCUUGACUUUAGUGAUUAUUCUGAAAUCAAAAUCAUAAAAAGUACAUUUGGAGUUAUUAAGCAGGAACUGGAUAGGUGGAAAGCAAUUUUCUGUCAGUCCCUUCUUUAGUGCAAUGCUAAAAAUUAGCAGAGCCACUGUAACAGUGUCCUUUUAUGUGGCCAGGAUCAGACAGCUAAAGUCAGCAGCAUUAAACUGGGGAAAAGGGUAUUACAUAAGAUCUAAACUGGAGUAAUCUGUACUUCAAGCCUCAGGGGUCAAAUGCACACCAUCAAAUGGCACAACACACUAGGCUCGAGUGAAAGCUUGUAUUUAGUUUAGAAUACAUCAGAGUUUAUAGAACAAGUUUUCAAUUUUAUGAGGUUUUCAGAUCACAGCUGACUCAUUACUUGCCUCGAUGUACUGGGCCACACAUUUAUGACAUCAUUUAUUCAAAUUCAAUUACAGUUCCACCAUAGCUGAAAAUAAAUGCACUCAAAACUACAAAAACUUUUGUAUUCAAAUGUUUUUAUUAAUGUAAACACCAGCAUCUAAUUGACCAAAUAUUGGAAAGAAAGGCAAGAAAAAAAUGGAGGGUGGAGAAGUUCACAGAUAUGAGAACAAACACAUAAGGCACAUUACUCCUCUGUUCACCAAACUCUCUGAAAAGGUGCAAUGUUGAUGUCCUAUAUAAGAGAGACCUUUGUGGAACCAACAACACUGAAGGACACACCUGUCUCAAACAUACCAGAAUGUGAAUCACCAAAGAGUAAAUACAGUAUUGCAAACAACUCCCCACUCACAAAGGACAUCUUACACAAUAUUUUGGGAAACUCUAUAAAGCUUGACAAGUCUCUGUAAAUGAAUGAAAGAUGUGAAUUCUCUUUUGGUCUGUCUAUUUUUGAUAAAGAUGGUAAAAGAAAUUAAGAAAUAAAGUGUUAUUCCACAUCA